AUGAAGGGACUUGUUUUCGAGAAGAAGGCGAGUCACGCCGCUAGUAGGCCUACUAGGAUGGAGAGAACGCGAAGAUCAUUGUGUUCAAUUCUAGAUUUCGCCUCCAAAGACCGAUACACUACAGCGGGGAUGGCUUUGCUGUUGAUGGUUUUUUGGGGUACGAAAGGAGGAGCCGGUGAAGUGGAUUUGGGGUUUGUGGGUACGGAUAUGGUGGAUGGGUUCAUGGGUAGGGAUGGUGGAGUGGUGGUGGCUGUGGAUGGGUCAUGGGUAUGGGUUGGGUUUGUGGUGCAGAGAUGGGAGGUGCAAGGUGUUGAUACCAUUGGAGUUGAAGGGAGCGAGUGUUUUUUUUAA